UAAGCAUGCCCCGAGUCCUCCCAAAGCUCACCCAUCUCUCCCUCGCCUCAUUUGGUAACCAGGAUCGCCCCAUCUAGCCAGAGUUCGCCUCUGUCCUCCAUGGCCGCCUCGGCCUCGGCAUGAUUCCGGCCAACCCGAGCCUCCUCUCGCCUCCCCUCCAUGUCCACCGACUCCCCCUCGUCCCUCUGAGCCGCCCCACUACCUCGCCCCUCGCCGGAGUGCACCGUGGCCGUGGCCUCCAUGUUCGGCCGCCGCCCACUCCUCUCGGCUCCACCUCAACCGAGCCAUCCGAGCUCUCCCUCUCCCUCCCGACCAUGCCAACGGCCUCACCGGAGUCCUGCGCACCGUCCCCCACCCUUCAUUCGUCGCCGGAGGACCGGAGCCCCUCGCCCCCAAGCUCAGCCGCCGCCGGCCGCUCCUCUCGGGUGCCCUUCACCGCGGCCGCCCUAGCCUCCCCAGCGUCGUCCUUCACCGGGAACGGGUGCGGCUCGGCUCUGCCGUCCCGCCGGUGCCCUCAGCCGGGCGGGAGACGACCGGAGCAGCCCGCCCCUUCGCCGGCAGCUGGCCCCUCCCCUGCCUCCUCUGUCCCACACGGGGGAGCAGCAAGGAGGAAGAAGACACGAGGCUGGCCCCUUCCCCUGCUCCCUGGGCCCCACGCGCCAAUGUCUCACCCCCUCCAUCCCACGUGGCAAGUGGAAGCGUAUUUCCUAGAGGACCCGUUGGUGAUAAUUUUUUCACAGAUUAGUCCCUGAUCUUCAACUCCUCACAACUUUUCAACCGUAACUCCAAUUGAGGUGAAACCAGUGCUCACUUCUUCGUCUCGUUGAGCUAUAUCUUUUGGUAACAUUUUCACUAGGUGGUCUCACAGAGAAAAUGAUCAUUUUGCCCUUGCCUCUAAUCAGCCCCCUCCGAGAGAAAACCGUCCGACAUUUCGUUCCGCGGCUUCACCUCACUUCUUCCUGGAGUCUCCGUCACCCAAGGCAAGCCACAAUACCCACUUGCAUGAUAGUCAUGCAGUAGCCAUGGUUUUCAACUUGAAUAUUUAUUAAAUGCUUGCUUGAUUAGAAUAUGGUUAUCGUUGUUCGGUAAUGAUUCUUGGUUAGUGCUUAUUUUUCUUGCUAUGUUAUUAUGCACCUGGUUGUCAUGCCCUGCUAGUUGCUAGUAUUCCUUUCAUAUUCUUAUGCUUGCUAGUGGUACAUGUUGAUGUUGGUAAUGGUCUUCGGUGCAUGACUGCCGUCUGUCCCGAGUACAAUUGUUAUGCAUGUUCCAUUGCAUCCAGUUGGUUAAAUGCUUGCAUGAUGGCAUUGUUGAUAUGUUCUUGCAUGAUAUUUAUUGUUGAUGCUAGUGGUCAUGCUAUGCUAUGAGUAAUGUGGUACUGGUAAUAUCCAUGCUCUUCAUUAUGCCAUGCUCAGUUGGAGAUGAUUCAUUAUUAAUAUGGUGGAUAGUUAUGUUG